AUGGAGGAUGAACGAGUAGAGGAAAGGGAAAGUGAAGAGAGUGGAGUAGAGAAAGUGAAGAAAAUAGGGCAUGGAGAGGAGAGGAAGAGAAGACAGAAGAAGGGGGAGACAAACACAGGAAACGAACAGUGUAUAGAUGAAGAGUGGUCAGAGUUCAAGAUUCAAAGUCAAACGCCAGGGUCAGAGUUCAAGAUUCAAAGUCAAACGCCAGGGUCAGAGUUCAAGAUUCAAAGUCAAACGCCAGGGUCAGAGUUCAAGAUUCAAAGUCAAACGCCAGGGUCAGAGUUCAAGAUUCAAAGUCAAACGCCAGGGUCAGAGUUCAAGAUUCAAAGUCAAACGCCAGGGUCAGAGUUCAAGAUUCAAAGUCAAACGCCAGGGUCAGAGUUCAAGAUUCAAAGUCAAACGCCAGGGUCAGAGUUCAAGAUUCAAAGUCAAACGCCAGGGUCAGAGUUCAAGAUUCAAAGUCAAACGCCAGGGUCAGAGUUCAAGAUUCAAAGUCAAACGCCAGGGUCAGAGUUCAAGAUUCAAAGUCAAACGCCAGGGUCAGAGUUCAAGAUUCAAAGUCAAACGCAAAGGUCAGAGUUCAAGAUUCAAAGUCAAACGCAAAGGUCAGAGUUCAAGAUUCAAAGUCAAACGCCAGGGUCAGAGUUCAAGAUUCAAAGUCAAACGCAAAGGUCAGAGUUCAAGAUUCAAAGUCAAACGCCAGGGUCAGAGUUCAAGAUUCAAAGUCAAACGCAAAGGUCAGAGUUCAAGAUUCAAAGUCAAACGCCAGGGUCAAAUAUUAAAGUCAAGGAUUAA